GUCAGCGCCGUCUUCGCCGAGACCGACAACGCCGAAAUGAACAAGAUCCUCGCCGCCAUCCAGGAAACCAUCAUCCUCCCCGCCUACCUCCCCGAGAAGCAGCGCAAGCUCGUCUUCGACCCCAAGAAGAAGACGUACCUCGAGCAGAACCCCAUCAUCAUCGAGGUCGAGGGCCUGGAGCACAAGUUCUCGUCCAUCGACCGCUUCCGCGACAUUGAAAACUCAAAGAGCAUCCUGUCCAAGGCCCUCGCCAGCAUGCGCACCCGCGAGGACUGGGCCAACCUGGGCACGCUGCUCGCCGGGUACAAAAAGGCCGGCAUCCGGCUCAAGCCGAACCACUGGGGCAAGAUUGUGCGCAUGGCCGGCCAGAGCGGCAACAUCCUCGCCGUCAUCGAGUGCGCCAAGCAGGCGGAGAAGACGGGCCUCGUGCUGACCAACCCGGAGACGGUCGUCCGCAUCCUCUCCUACAUCAACGACAAGAUCACCCACAGCCACUGGGACGAGGCCGAGACGAAGCAGGCGCAGAAGUGGGCCGACCAGGUCCUCGACCUCCUCCAGCGCAAGGAACACGCCGUGGAAGGCCAGCCCACGCGCGAGAGGCUGCACUUUUCCCGCGUCGUCCGCGGCAUGACGCUCUUCACCAGGGCCUCCGCCAUCAAGGUCAAGCGCGACGCCGGCGAGCCCGUAGUCCUCGACAUUGUCCUCCUCCGAGACGAGAUCCAGCUGCUCGCCUCGCUGUGGAAGGACGCGACGGACGCCAACCUCGAGGAGCUGCCCGACUUUGCCAAGCUCAACCCCACCUUGGAGCGCAACGCGAGCCCCCGCGGCGUCAAGAUCCCAAAGGCCCUCAACGGCAGCGCCUACGUCCAGGCGCUGGCGCAGAACAUCAAGGGCAUUGAGCUGGCGCGCGAGAUUGUCGGCGGGGAGGCCCAGGUCCUUGCGCCCGUCGAGGCUGCGCUGGCGAAUCACCUGCGGCACUUUGUGCAGACGAGCAAGAGCUCGACAAAGGGCUGGAAUGAGGUGUAUGAGAAGAUUGUCGGAGAAGCGCCCAAGUGGUAG